UCCAUAACUCUUUUCAUCACUCACAAAACAAACCACAUCAAAAAACAAUCUCUUACUACAUUACUACAACAACUUCAAAUUUUGUUUGUGAAGAUUAAGAAUGUCAUAUAAUCAAGGUCAAUACGUCGACCAAACUCGUAGGACCGAUGAAUAUGGAAACCCAAUUGUCCAAGUUGAUCAAUAUGGCAACCCAAUAAAUCAAAGUGGUGUUGGGAUGACCGGUGAAGCCGGUAGAACAUUUGAAAAUCCCGGUUUAACCGGUCACCAUGAGCCACAUAAACAUGGAGAUAAUUCAAAAUCCCACACCACUAGUUAUGGGACCCACACAGGUAGUGGUGGUGGCACUGGAGAUGAUUAUGGGACCCACAAUACACGUGGUGGUGGUGGAAUGACCGGUGCAGUCGGUAAAAUAUUUGGAACAACCGAUGAUACCGGUAAUCAUCAUGGAGUUGAUCAAACCACAACAGAUUAUGGGACCCACAACCCAGGUAGUUAUGGGACCAACCCAGGUAGUUAUGGGACCAACACAGGAGGUUAUGGAAACACAAACACUGGAAGUGGUUAUGGAACAAAAGUGGGACAAGAAUUUGGAAGAGAGGAGGCUCAUCAUCAUGGAGGAGAGCAAAAACAUGGAGAGAAGAAAGGGAUUAUGGAUAAGAUUAAGGAGAAACUUCCUGGGACAGGACACUAGAUAUCAUAAUCAUAAUAAUAAUAUCUAUAAUAUGGAUGCAUGCAUAUGAUAUGAUCGAUAUAAUAAUUAAAUAAAAAAUAGGUGUGUAUUGGUUUAUUUUGAAAGUUUUAGUUUUGAGUAAUUUGCUUUGUACAUGUAUGUAAUGUUUGUUAUUAUCAUGUCAUAGAAAUUAGAUAUAUGUAUGGAGUAUAAUAAUGGAUAUGAAUAAAAUAUGCAUGUUCGUUUAAGUGUUUAA